AUGUCGUUCUUCUUGCGAGAAAUUGAUGGUGAACGAGUGUGUUCCACGAGCACCGAAACGUCGAUUCCUGAAGAUAGGAAAAGUGCACGAAGACUGAGAAAAUUGCUAUACAAAUGUGCCGAGAACACAUGCAAACCGGAUAUUCUCAGGGUUCCAGCACAUUGCGGGAAACUCGAUAAAGAAGAAGAGAAAUCCAAAACACCUCUGGACCAGCAACAACAAAUUAAUUUUCAUGAUAUUCUGAACUCAAAAUUUGUUGUGGGACCACCUUCGCCUUUUGCUUUAGUAGCAAUUGCCAAAUCAAUUCUUGCACGGUUUGGGAAUCCAGAAGAAGUUUCUGAAAAAGAAGAUGGAAGCGAAGAGGAAGCCGGAACCAGUGGAGCUGAUGAAGAGGGAAAGCAAUACAAAAAUACUGAUCAGCUGGUUGGAGCUAGUUUAACAUGUAUCUUCGAAGUUCUCGAGCAAUUAAGUCGACGUGACGCCGAACUUUGUGUUCAAGCUCUCGAAUCAUUGUUAUCAUUGAUCCAAUCGAUGCCAAUCGAUUGUCUUCAGUCCGAAAACCGUUUAUCAAUGUCUGCAAUGAUGCACGUUCUGAAAACGCUUCGAGAAGAUGCCUGUCCCUCAGUGAGCUCAAAAGCUACCUCAUGCCUUGUGGCUUUAUCAGUUGCAUGUGGAGAGCCGGAGCAUUUAGGAAGCACAAUUCGAUCAUUAAUUUGUAUGAAGAAAAAUAUUCGAAUGAGCGCCGAUUCGACGUAUGAUAUGAUCCAAAUGCCAGAAAAUUUGAGAAAAUUACUACUGAAAGUGAGGAGGAAAGCUUUAGGCGGAGACAACACUGCCAAUUCCCCACCAAACUGGGCAAUGGUAGAUGUUCACGAGCACUCGGUAGCAAGCAGUUUCAGUCUACCUAGUCUUCCUGAUAGCUCUCCGUCUUCCGACACUCCCGACGAUGACAAUCGAAUACAUAGCACAAUGGCAUGUGAUGGAACAUUUCUCUACAUUCUUAAUUAUGUUGGACUCUACAAGUUGGGGACCGGCCUGAAUGAAACAAUUUCUGGAAAGUUGUAUGCAGCGAAUCAGAGUUUACAAUCGUCGAAAAAUGUGCAAAUGUAUUUAUGCAAUGGAUCAUUGUAUUUACGAAGAAAUUACUCAUCAUGCAUAUCAGUGAUUGACACGGAUUCAUUGUUGGAUAUUGGAGAAGUGAUUCUACCACCAAGUUGUGUACAACAUGCACUGUUCACGGAUGGAACAUACUUUUACAGUGCAACUCUGAUUGCCAAUUCUACACUAUCGACAAUUCAACUAAAUGAUUCAUUUUCCCCUUCCAAUGAGCCAUCAUCACGAAGAAGUCAUCGACUCACUGAUGUGAAGUUCACGAUUCAAGGAGAUCUUCAAGUUCCUCACCAACUCCCCGAAUUUCUACCUGCAAACCUUCAUCCUCAAACUGUUGAUCUUCACUUCACUCGAGAAAUGGCAUUCAUUCAAGCUCGCUCUGGAAAAGUGUACUACGCUGGAAACGGGACAAGGUUCGGAUUAUUUGAAACUGGGAACAACUGGAUGGAACUGUGUCUUCCCGAGCCAAUAGUUCAAAUUUCUGUUGGAAUUGAUACAAUAAUGUUUCGUUCUGGUGCAGGGCAUGGUUGGAUUGCAAGUGUAGACGAUAAGAAAAGAAAUGGAAGACUACGUCGACUUGUUCCAUCUAAUCGCCGGAAAAUUGUUCAUGUUUGCGCCUCUGGUCAUGUCUAUGGAUAUGUAUCUGAAAAUGGAAAGAUUUUCAUGGGAGGACUUCAUACAAUGAGAGUGAAUGUUUCAAGUCAAAUGUUAAAUGGACUGGAUAAUGUGAUGAUUUCUUCAUUAGCGCUUGGAAAAUCUCACGGUGUUGCUGUGACUCGAAAUGGCCAUCUUUUUACAUGGGGAUUGAACAAUAUGAAUCAAUGUGGAAGAGUUGAAUCAACUUCAACCACGUCUUCUCCAAGACAUUCCGGUCGUCAAGAGUAUCAGAUUUGUCCUAUCGGAGAACACACGUGGCUAACUGACACACCCUCGGUAUGUGCUCAAUGCGGGCUUUGCUCCGCACGAGGAGUAGCAUGUGGAAGAGUUCCUCGACCAAAGGGAACCAUGUGUCAUUGCGGUGUUGGAGAGUCAACAUGCCUUCGAUGUGGACUUUGCAGACCAUGUGGAGAGGUUACAGAACCAGCACAGCCUGGUAGAGCUCAGCAUGUGCAAUUCAGUUCAACAGCUGCUCCUCAAAGAAGUACUCUACAUCCGUCACGUGUAAUUUUAAGUCAAGGACCUCAUGAUGUAAAAGUUUCAAGCGUAAGCUGUGGAAAUUUUCAUACAGUACUUCUUGCAUCUGAUCGAAGAGUUUUCACUUUUGGAUCCAACUGCCAUGGCCAAUUAGGAGUUGGAGAUACACUUAGCAAAAACACUCCGCAGCAAGUCAUUCUUCCAUCUGAUACAGUUAUAGUCCAAGUUGCCGCUGGUUCAAAUCACACAAUUUUGAGGGCAAAUGAUGGAAGCGUUUUCACAUUUGGUGCAUUUGGAAAAGGUCAGCUAGCACGACCAGCUGGCGAGAAAGCUGGAUGGAAUGCGAUCCCUGAAAAAGUUUCUGGUUUUGGUCCUGGAUUCAAUGCAUUCGCUGGAUGGAUCGGAGCCGAUGGUGAUUCUUCAAUCAUCCAUAGUCAUACAGCUUUAUUAUCUUCUGAUAAUAUUCUGAAAGCUCAAAUUGUUGCAAACAAAACGAAUAUUUUCAUUUUCCCAAGAGAAGUUGGUAAAGACUACAUUGUAAUAAGACGAAAGUUGAAUGUUUUUGAACAUCAUGCGAGCGAUUACAAAUGUUGGUAUACAUCAUGGGCCACUGAUCCGAAGUAUGACAUGCUGUGGUAUUACAAUUCAGCAGAAAUGGAAAUCAAAGGAUAUGACAUUUUCAAAAAAUCUGAAAAAUCUGUGGGCGAUGCAUUUGAUUCCCUAACUUUCCUAGCUGGUGCCGAAUUUGCUGUCCAAGUGUACGACAGUCCUGCUUAUGCAACUUCGAUGAGUCUUGGAAUGCAACUUUUAUCAGCAACAUUCUCAGCAAAUGUUAUCAAUUUAUCUGAAUUCUGGAAGGAAAAACAUGGGGAACGAGAACAGGAUCACGAGAAAACAAUUAUGGAUGGUUAUUCAGUUGCAAAUCGAUUUGAUGGUACGGGAGGUGGUUGGGGAUACUCGGCAAAUUCUGUUGAAGCUAUCCAAUUUAAAGUCUCCAAGGAAAUUCGAUUAGUAGGAGUUGGGCUGUAUGGAGGACGAGGAGAAUACAUAUCGAAGCUCAAGUUAUAUCGACAAAUUGGAACAGAAGCUGAUGAGUUAUAUGUGGAGCAGAUCACUGAGACUGAUGAAACAGUUUAUGAUUGUGGAGCACAUGAGACUGCAACUCUUUUAUUCUCACAACCAAUAGUUAUUCAACCAAAUCAUUGGCAUGUAGUCAGUGCAAAGAUAAGUGGUCCUUCUUCUGAUUGUGGAGCAAAUGGAAAACGUCAUGUCGAGUGCGAUGGAGUAACAUUUCAGUUUCGAAAAUCUGCUGUGUCAAACAAUGGAACUGACGUAGAUGUUGGACAGAUUCCGGAGCUGUAUUAUCAAAUUGUCGGUGGAUCUGAAAGUCGUGACGAAUCGGAUUCGAAUAAACAGCUGUCAAUCAGUAGAGACAUGUCAAAUCUCUUUUCACCUGCUGCACUGAAAAAUGUCACAGCGGAAGGAAUUGGUAAUUUGCUGAUACUUUUGGAGUGGGCUUUACAACGCGUUCAAAUUGAUGAAGAUACAAACAAUCAAGUUGAAGGAAGUGCUGAAAAUCAAUGGAGUCAGGAAAGAGCAGGAUUUGUUGCUAUUUUAAGCAUGAAGCUUAUAUCAAGAUUCGUAAGAACAGUGUACAAAGAGAAGGGAUGUCAUGAUGAACCAGGAAUUGAUUUUGCUAAUAAGUUGGUAAAUCUGCACUCAAUGCUCUUAGAAUUCUUCUUUUCAACCGAUAUGACUGGAUAUGAAAAUCGUCCAUUAAUUAAAAAAGAAGAAAAGGUUGUUGAAGAAGGGUAUACUCUGAUGAAGUGUGUGUCGGAAGCGGUUAAGCUAUUCAUUUCUCUUUCUCACUGCUUUAUGGGAUCAAGAAGUCUCAUGAAUGCUCAUCUUAUCGCUGUCAUGAACAAAGGAAAUCAUGAAGCUUUGAUCCUAACAUCUGCAAUUAUUGGAUCCCUUGCUAAAAUUGAACGGUUUGCUCAUCAACUUCUAUGCUCGACUACCACAACUGAAAGAUUUCCAAUGCUGUCAUCACUUCUUCUGAAACAUUUCAAUUGUGAGAAAGAAACACUCGCGUCUCUCACUUCAUUUCCAAAUAUUCUUCGAUUUCUUUACGAUCAAACUUUUAUGAGAAAUGCGUACGAAAACACGUCAAGUUUGGCUGAGGCCAUUUUGGUCAAGGUAUCGAGAGAUCUUGCCAUUCCGACAGAUGAUACUCUUAUGGGACCAGUAGUACAUCAAACUUCGUCGAGGUUCAGAAGAAGAAGUGCACAACCUACUUGGGAUAUGUCUGAUGGAUGUGCAGAUGCAAUUGCUUUUAGAGUGGACUCCGAAGGGAUAAAAUUACACGGUUUUGGAAUAUAUCUUCCAACUGAACCAGACCGACGGAAUUUCGUUGGAGAAAUAAUGAUGUUGUCUCCAGAUUCAUCUGAAAAAUGGACAUGCCUUCUUCGGGUUACUGCUGAAAUGUCGUCUGAAGAAAAAGAAGUUGGAAUUGUUAGAUUUCCAGAAUAUGUACUUCUUUCUCCAGGUGUCACUUACGCUGUCAAAGUUAACAUGAUGAAAAAUACAAAGACAUUCUGCGGAGAAGGUGGAGUCACUCAAGUGCAUCUACUCAAUGGAGCCCGCUUGUUUUUCUCAGGAUGCUCAAUGAGCCAAAAUGGAACAACAGUUCAACGCGGACAACUACCAUACUUGAUAUAUUCAAUCCUUGAUCAAUCAAACAGUCUUCAAAUAAAACAAGAAACAAUUUAUGAUACAUUCACUCUACUUCUUCGAUUGAUGGCUAACAAAAUUGGUGCCGCAAUAACAGAAGGUGGAGCACUUCCUGCAUGCUGUCAACAUUUGAUGUCUCAUAUAAAUCCUCAUGUCAUGGUAUACAUGGAAAGAUUCCCAGAUAAAGCUUUAGAGAUGAUGUCAACAAUGGAACAGUUGAUCCCAAUGGUUUCAAAUUUGAACGGAGUUGAAAGAGUUUUCCAUUCAUACGAUUCAGAUGACAGUGGCUGUGAUACACCAUAUUCUGGAAUUGUGACAACUGUGGUUGAGAGUCAACAUCCAUACAAACCAAAUACAUCAAGCUCAAUGGUUUUGUUGUUCGAGGAAGCUGAUUACAUUUGUGUCCGAUUUUCACCGGAUUGUCAAACUGCACAAUUUGAUGAUCAACUGACAAUUUAUCUCAAAAUCGAUGAGCAUUCUUACAUGCCAAUUGAACGUUGUUAUGGGAGCGAAUGGCCGUCCUAUCCAAUGAUAUUGCCUGGAAACUGUCUGAUGUUUGUUUUGGAUGCAUCUUCUGCUGUUGAAGGUGCAACUUCUGAACAGAUGUUCGGUUACCACGUGACAGUAACCGGAUAUUUAGUUGGUUACAAUGAUUCUACUAUGCGACUGGAACAAGAUCUCGUUUGGUUGUCAGCUAAUGCUUGUCGAAUAAUGACACAAUUACCGAUCAAUCCGAGCAACAUUGAACAUUUGAGCACAGCUGAAGACGACACUCGUCAUCUAUUUGAGAAACACGGAAGUCUUCUGAAAAAAGGUCUUAGCUUGAGUCAUUCACCAACUCUCAGUGAGCUGUGUACAAAGGGACAACCACCUCCAGCACAAUCUGCUGAUCUUCAGUUCUUACGAGAAUUUCUUUCUGGACAUACAUCAACAUCUGCUGGAUUUUUAGCAAAGUGGCUUCCUACUGGAUCUGUUGUUGAUGCUUCAAAAUGUCAGCUAUCCUUAUCUCACGACGACUUGAUUGUUGGAAAGGCAGUUACUUUGAAACUUCUAUGCAAGGAUCAAUAUGAUCGAGAAGUUGACUGCCCGAAGCUUCAAGUUGAAGUAUUUGCCUCGCUUGGGCACAGGAAUCCUAGUUCCACUAUCCAUCAAAACCUGCACAUUGGAAACCUUCCGUCCUCACUUUUAAUCCACCAGAAUCCAUUCCAACCGAUUAUCGUUAAUCACACAAGGUAUAUGAAUAUUGCUGCAAUGCCUGCAUAUGCAAAUUAUUCCGUGGAGGAGAUUCGAUUGGGAUUCAUGAUAGAAGAACUUGUCAAAGAUCGGGUUCCUUUAAAAUCAUCUGAUUCUUCCUUGUUCUCUGGUACUUGGACUCCCACUACUGCUGGCAAAUACCGGAUUGAAUGCAAAGUUGACGGAUCUGAUAUUUCCCAUACCUACACUGUUGAAGUAACUGAACGGCCUCAUCGAGCUGGCAAAGGGACAAUUACGAAGCCAAGUGGAAGCCGACGUGGUGCACAGAUGACUGUAGCGAGAACUGUUUCCAUUCCGUUUUCAAGUGAUUUCUCAGGAAUACGAAUGCGAUUAGGAACAACGUUAGCAUCAACAUCAGUGGGUGUUAUACCACGUGGAGCUUUGGUGGAGUUUAUUGAAGAAAUGGACAAUGAUGAUGGAAAAUGGAUUCGGCUUACGGACGAAACAGCGUUACUGUAUGGAUGCAACCAAGGAGUUGGCCAAGUUUGGUGUCUUGCUUAUCACAGACCACUUCAACGAGAAUUAAUUCCACUGAAAGCUGAUACAGAUCGAGAGAAAGCUGUGAAGUUAAGACGCAAGGAAAUUGAAAAAGAAUCGAAUGGAAGUAAGCAUCAUAGUGUUUCAAUUGAUGCAAAGGAAACAUAUAUUUUAUCACCAAAUGAUGUUCUUCAAGUAUAUUCCACUCCUGCACCUCAUUCAAUGAUUGACGGUGAGAAAAUUAUUGGACCUUGUGAUUUGAUGAGCAGUGGCUGGUUAGCAAAUCGUCAUGGAGUCUGGAUAAAACUCACUGGCGUUGAGAAGUAUGUGCUCCAAAAGAAUGACCCAUCUUCUGAAACGUCACUGAGCUUUUCGACAAAUGGCAAUGAUGAAGAAGACUUGGAAAGGCCGAUUGAACGAAAGAAGACAAGGCUUCCAAAUGCUUUGACACCAUCAGUUGCUGAUUGUAUUCGAGCAGUAUUUGCAGCAUUUGUAUGGCACGAACAUUUAGUUAAGGAUUUAAUGGCAGCAGCAGCAUAUUUGAGAUUUCAUCAAAACCUUCAUAAUAUCUGGCAGUCCUGUGAAAUUCCGUCGUGUACUAAUGCUCCUGCAGCUCUCCAACCAAUAGUGAAAAUUUGGAGAGAAAUAUGUGAAGUCGUGGAAACCAGUGUAGAGCAGCAUUUGAUAAUGCCCCCAGUUUCAAACAAAGCCAUGCGUGCAGAAACUGUGAAGCCACCAUCACGAAGCGGUGGAUGUGAACUUUGUGAUGCAAACAUUACUGUUCCAUUGACUGUUCAUCUCCGAAUGGCACAUCCUGGUUGUGGAGGAGAUUGUCUUGGAUAUGGUUACAACUCAAAUGGAAAGUUCACCACUGGGUGGUCUGGAGAGUGUGGAGCUGGUGGUAGAGGACAGUCUCCUUGGUAUUUGUUAUGUAAUACCUGUCGAUCUCAAUAUCUCAAGAAAACACCAGCUGGGCACCAUCAAGAAAGAACAAGAAGAUGGAGAGAGUUUAGAUUUUCAACAUCAGCAUCAGAUGCUAGACCGGAGGUUAUUAUUCGGCAAAAUGCAAUGUUCCUGUUGGAUUUGAAUAGUAGAUUACAAACAGAAUCAAAUAGUUCGUCAACAGCUACAUCUGGAUGGACCAUUAAUCUCUUCCCAACUCACUUGAGCACCCCCUCAACAAUGCCCAGAAGUCAACAGAAAAGAUUGGAUGUUCCUCCGAACAACUCCGUUCAUCAGAAUUCUUACAUGAAACUUGGAUAUUCCUCAGAUCCCGGCCCAAAAGUCAACGUGAUCAUGUCGCCUCCAAACCAAGGCGCAGAUCAAUCAGCUUCAUUGAACAGGCCUGGUCCUUCAGCAAUUAACGAGCCUGCCGAAGUCUUGCAGUCUCCAUCAGCUGCUCUUCGAACGUUAUUCUCAAACACCAAUCCAUCAACCUCUGCACUUUUGAAACGUCCUGUUCUAGCAUUUUGCGUAGAGCACCACGAUCUGAAGAGAAUUAAAUCUGCAUGCGUUCAAUCUGUUCGUCGAGCUGUUGCAUUUUCUCACGCAUUUCGUGUCUGGAAUUGGCUACUUCGAAUGGUUUCAUCUGAAUACAGUGUGUCUGAUAUCAUUCUACAGUAUCUAACUACGUUGACAUCUUAUAAUCGACUUGCUGAAUACAUGUUCUCUGCCAAGAAAAACUCAAACAUUUUGCCUCACCCAUGGAGACUUUGUUUUUUAGCCGGUCCAAUUGCUGCUGACAUGGUCACUCAACUUCACGCAUUCCUCCAUACUGUUUCGAUUAUUUUGCAAUCUGCCGGAGUAGAUGGUAGACUUAAAUCGUUAUGCUUCAAGUCUUGGACACUUCAACUGACUGCACAAGAGCAAGAUUUGCUGAUUCUGACAUGCAACAUACUUGGGACUGUCGGUGGUAUUUUGUCAGACACUUCAAUUCUUGAUUCCGAUAACCGAUUUGUGAAGGAGAUGAAAGAUAUAACGAAGUUCGCGGAUAUCACUGCGAGUAGCAGACAAGCAAUGGUAAUUUGUUUGACUGAUGAAAGUGGAGAAACAUUUUGGGAAAGCGGAGAGGAGGACAAGAAUCGAAGCCGUUCCCUAUCAGUUCAGCUUGACGAAAGUGCUCAUGGCGAGAUCCUCUCACUUUUUAUAGAUAAUGCCCGAGAUGAAGGGUACCGAAUCAGUUCGAUUGCUUUUAAAGCAAUUCUCGAGGACGGUAGGAGAAAGGAUCUGACUAGUUUGACUCUUGAAUCCGCAUAUUGUGGAUGGUUGAAAUGUUGCAUCAAAGACAUCAGUCACAUUCAAAUUCAAUUCAAAGGACCAAACCCAGCAUCUCGGAUUAGGCAGCUGAUGAUUCUCGGUUACCCGGCAAAAACUACUGGAACCCCGAGAUUAGCUCCAUCUACUUCCCAUCAUUUAUUCUUCAGCGAUACUCAACGUGACGCGUUUGCACUUUUCCAAGCAAUAUCAUCUCAAGCCUUUUGUGGCGAACUAUCCGAAGAUGAUACUCUAAGAGAACGGGUUAUAGAUUUACUAUUCAGUAGAGUUCAACUUUAUCCACUUCAAAAUUACGUGUACACUCAAGUUGUUCAAGCGAUGGAAAAAGAGGUCGAGCUGCUUUGUGAUAAAUCGAAGCGAAAUUAUUCGUAUUGUUGUGGAUUGAUGAGUUUGUUGGUCAGGAUUUGUGACUCAAGAGGCAAUAUGGAUAGUUUUGGACAAAGAAAUUCAGUUCUAACUUCAAUUACUCAACUUCUUAUAUUCUCCCCAGUGGUUGUUCAAAGACAAUGUCUCAAUUCUUUGGAAUGUAUUUUUGCAUCAUUCACUCCAAGUAAUGUAGAGGUACCAAAAAUUAUUCGCAAUCUUCUGGUCGUCGUUGGAAAAGUUAUUCAACUUCAAGUGAGAGACAAAGCAGCCCAUACAGUUGUUACUGUUCAUCUUUGUUCAUCUGUCUUGAAUGCGCCUCAAAAUUGGCGAGUUGACAAAUCAAUCGAUAUGGACAUUGGACGGCAAACCGCAGUACUUGUUGAAAACCUUUGCAAUGGGACAUAUACGCCAGAAUGGUCAAAUGCCACAAAAUGUGAAUUGGCCAAUUGCCUUCUGAGUUUGAUACAAAUGCCUGAAUCGGUGUCUUACACGGAAACAUUGUCAACUGGAGGAAAGAGUAAAGCAGUCGCUGUGGUUAGCUCAAAACGUUUUUGGACAGCAAUCUCAUCACUAUCGCUAAUCAAGGACAAGUCAUGGUUGGAACUUUCGGAACGAUGGAAGACAGUUCAAGAUGAAGAGGACCAGGAACCGGUUUUAUUGUGUGAAAAUCAUGAUGAUGGACAUACCGUAGCACAAGUGUUCUGUGUGGAUUGUGAUGUGGCACUGUGCAAAGAAUGUUUCACAGUGAUGCAUUUGCAUAAAAAGAAUAGAAAUCACGGAGUGAAAAAUCUAGUGCAAUCGAGUACCCAACAUGAUAUCAAUAUUCAUCAAGGAUGUGCGAGAAUGAAGUUCCUCAACUUUUUAAUUCUAUUCCACGGAGAAGCUCUCAACGGAAUGGUAGAAGUCGCCGCUGACACUCUCUUUCCCACGUCAACUUCUUCCAUACAACCGGCAAUGCAAAGUUCAAGUGCAUUUCUUGGCAUCCAUCCCAUGACAUGUCGGUUCUGUGGAAAUAAUGUUCCAGUGGAAGAUCAGAGUCUUGAUGGAACUUGUACUCAUGAGGAUUGUGUUAAUUAUGCAAAAACCGCGUGUCAAGUAAUGCAUACUUGCAACCAUUUCUGUGGUGGAAUUCGAAACGAAGAAGAAUGUCUUCCGUGUAUGACCUGUAAACGAGAAGAUGCAGCUCAAGAUGGAGACGAUGUUUGUGUAAUUUGUUUCACUGAAAGACUUGGAGCAGCACCAUGUAUUCGCCUCGGAUGUGGUCAUAUGUUCCAUUUCCAUUGUGUUCGAAUGAUUUUGGAAAGAAGAUGGAAUGGUCCAAGAAUUGUUUUCCGUUUUAUGCAGUGUCCAUUGUGCAUUCAACCUAUUGAACAUUCUGGAUUACAAGAUCUUAUCGAACCAUUGAAAACAAUUCGACAAGAAGUUGUAGAUAAAGCAAAAAUGCGUUUGGAAUAUGAUGGUCUCCUUACAACUCCAGCUCUAACUGAUCCAAGAUCCGAGUUUUACAAUCAACCAGAGGAAUAUGCUCUUGAUAGAUAUAUGUAUGUCUUGUGUCACAAGUGUAAGAAAGCCUACUUUGGUGGAGAAAGUCGUUGUCAAGCCGCAUUAGAUAGCUCGCAGUUCAAUCCUGAAGAAUUACUAUGUGGUGGUUGUUCAGAUACAAGCGGAGUUCAAGUCUGCCCAAGACAUGGAGUCGAAUAUCUGGAGUACAAAUGCCGAUUCUGUUGCUCUAUUGCUGUUUAUUUCUGUUUUGGUACAACUCAUUUCUGCGCACCUUGCCAUGAUGACUUCCAGCGUUUAAUGUCUCUUCCAAAACAUCUUCUUCCAACAUGUCCAGUUGGCCCUCGAUCAACACCAAUGGAAGAACAAACAUGCCCCCUGAAGAUGAAGCAUCCUCCAACUGGUGAUGAAUUUGCAAUGGGUUGUGGAAUUUGUAGAAAUAUUAGUACUUUUUGAUUCAUAAUUUUAUUUUUAAAUCUAUCCGGUAAAGCCUCUUAUAGCAGUCAGUCUUUCUGAAUUGUAUCAAAUGUUCAAAUAGAAAUUAUUCCCUAUUGCCUCUGUUCAGUACAAAUUGAUCUCUCUGUCUUACCAUUUCCAAAAAUUUAUUUUUUAAAAAUUGACCACGGGUUGCUUUUAGUGUUGUUUUGAUUUCUAUAAAGAAAAUUAUAUUUUUAUUGAUACUUACACAUUAAAUAGAUCUAUUGAAUAAAUUUCUUUAAACAAAUAGUA